AUGUUGAAGCCUAUAAUUAGAAGGGGUAAAUUUAAAGCAAUAUCCAAAGUUGAAUGUUCAUCUUAUAUCAAUACUAAAUACAACUACACUGUGCCUGCUAAUUCCAAAAUUGUUUAUAUUCCACCAGAUAUGAGCAAAAUAAGUAAGCAUACUUGGCCUGACAAUUACAAGCAAUCCAUAAAAGAUGAAAUAUGCGAAUAUAUAGAUUGGAAAAUGAUCGGGCCUUGGCACAGGAUGAGUAAAUUAGAUCAAAAAGUUGCAUAUUUUUUGGCAUUUGGCGAAUAUGGCCCAAGACAAGAUAAAAAAAUAUUGACUCCUCAAGAAAUGUUAUAUAAAAUGAUUUAUACAAGUAUAUUAUUUGGCGCGUUUGCUGUAUGCAUUUUUAAUAUCAAAAAAGAUAAUGAUUUUAACAAAAAAGUUGACCAUUUAAAAACUAAAUUGAAACCUGAAAAUAAUUAA